AUGGGCAAAUCUCAGUCGAAGCUUUCUCCUUCUCAGCUCGAGGAGCUGCAGAAAGCGACUCAUUUCGAUAAGAAGGAGCUCCAGCAAUGGUACAAAGGUUUCCUUAAGGACUGUCCGUCCGGCACUCUAACUAAGGAGGAGUUCCAAAAGAUCUACCGACAAUUCUUCCCCUUCGGCGAUCCGUCCUCAUUCGCAAAUUAUGUAUUCCGGGUAUUUGACUCGGAUAACAGCGGAAUGAUCGAUUUCAAAGAGUUCAUCUGCGCCCUCUCGGUGACAUCCCGCGGGAAGAUGGAGGAUAAAUUGGAUUGGGCUUUCCAACUGUACGACAUCGACGGAGACGGGAAAAUUACAUAUGACGAGAUGCUGGCCAUUGUGGAGGCGAUCUACAAGAUGGUGGGCUCCAUGGUGAAAUUGCCCGAAGAUGAGGACACGCCAGAGAAGCGUGUACGAAAGAUCUUCCGCAUGAUGGACAAAGAUGAAAAUGGCAGCCUUGACAUUGAAGAGUUCAAGGAGGGCAGCAAGCGAGACGAGACUAUCGUCAGUGCCUUGUCCUUAUAUGACGGAUUGGUAUAG